UCUGUUUCAGUAUCAGUUUCAGUUUCAUCACCUUCGUUUUGUUGCUGCUAAAACCGCCACCUCCAGAAGCUCACCAAAGUCACUGCAUUCUGUAUCAGUUUCGAAUAAUCCAAUUAUUUUCUCCCAAAUUCUCUGUUAGUGCAGUUUGAAUAAAUAGACAUGUCUGAGACUCGGGUAAAUCCAACUAUCAGCAAGUCAACAGGAUUACCCCGAAAGCGCUUCUAUCGAGCACGAGCGCACAGCAAUCCACUGAGUGAUUCUCACUUCCCUGUGCCCAUAUCACCCAGUCAUGUCGAUUAUUCCCUCCAUUAUCCACAGCUAUUUCCUCCAUCUGGUCAAGCGGAUAGUUCCAAAAAGAUACAGUUUGCUGAUAUUGGCUGUGGUUUUGGAGGGCUGCUCAUCAGUCUUUCCACUCUGUUCCCAGAAACAUUGAUGAUUGGAAUGGAACUUAGAGAUAAAGUGACUGAGUAUGUCAAGGAACGAAUUGUAUCUUUAAGGGUUGCGAAUCCAGGUCAAUACCAAAAUGUUUCUGUGGUGCGGACCAACUCUAUGAAGUACAUUCCCAAUUACUUUGAGAAAGGACAACUCUCAAAGAUGUUCUUCUUGUUUCCUGAUCCUCAUUUUAAAGAGAAGAAUCAUCGCCGCCGGGUAAUCAGUCCAUUCUUGCUGGAUGAGUAUGCUUAUGUUCUUGAGGUUGGUGGAAUUAUAUACACAAUAACCGACGUAGAAGAGCUUGGGGACUGGAUGAAGUCUUGUCUGGAGAAUCACCCUAUGUUUGAAGCCCUCACUGAGAAAGAACUUCAAGCAGAUCCAGUUGUGAAGCUUUUAAGUUCUGCUACUGAAGAAGGGCAAAAGGUUGCUAGAAAUGGGGGACAAACUUUCCAAGCCAUAUACAGACGCAUUGUGCCGUCCGAUCAAACAUCUUAGACUUUGGUUGCCUAAUCCAAUAUGCUGCAUUCUAAUUUAAAAACGUUUUCUACAUACUUGGCGUUGAAUUGAUCUACCUACUUAUACUGGUAAACAGUUAGAUUCACAAGGAUCUUAGGGCCUUCGUCAUCUUUUAUUUGCUAUGUAUGUGCUUAUUUUCAUGUUUACCUGAACCUAUUGGAUUCU